UUCACUGUCACUCAACUCUCAACUUAUCCAUUUCGUACAAAAUCAAAACAAAACUGCUUCGUCUUGCCGAGCUCAACGCUGAUACUCUCUAUGUUCUUCUUCCAAGACCCAGAAAUCCUGCUUCUGUAAUUUCAAUUACCUCAUAUUUUCCUCACAGCUAGAGCUUUGAUCGAGCGCAGAGAACAACAAAGACUUCUUGCUUAUCCAUCUAAUUUGAAGGAGGGUUUAUGGAAGUCAGCGCCAGUCGAAAUGGUAAUUGUAUGCUGUGGUUCUUCAGGGAUAAAGGUUUUGAUGAUAGAAGUAUUGAUAAGAUGUUUAAAAGGUGUAGGCGUUUAAAGGAUAUGCAGAAGGAAAGAGCUUCUGAAAAUUGGGAAUAUUUGGAAAGAAUUGGGAUUCAAAGGAGGAAACUCCCUUCUAUUGUUUCCAAAUGCCCUAAGAUUUUAGCUCUUGGUCUUCAAGAGAAACUUGUUCCCAUGGUUGAGUGCCUUGCAACACUCAGCACUAAGCCUAAUGAAAUCGCUUCUGCUAUUGCUAAAUUUCCUGGCAUUCUUUCCUAUAGUGUUGAAGAGAAGCUAUGCCCACUUUUGGCUUUCUUUCAAGCAUUGGGUGUCCCUGAAAAGCACCUUGGAAAGAUGAUUCUACUCAACCCGAGGCUUAUUAGUUACAGCAUUGAAUCGAAGCUCGUUGAAACUGUAGAUUUUUUUGCUGGGUUUGGGCUAAUGAAGGAGGGGGUGAUUGGAAAAGUUCUUGCAAAAAAUCCAUUUCUCAUGGGUUAUAGUGUCGAUAAAAGGCUCCGCCCGACUUCAGAGUUUCUGAGAUCAAUCGGUCUAAAUGAGAUGGAUCUUCAAGCAGUUGCAUUGAAAUUUCCAGACAUUUUGUGUAGGGACGUGGACAAAGUUUUGAGACCCAAUUUGGAUUAUCUAAGGAGAUGUGGGUUUAAAGAUGGAGAAAUAGUGUCUUUGGUGACUGGUUAUCCUCCUGUUUUAAUCAAGAGCAUUCAACAUUCUUUAGAACCUCGGAUCAGAUUCUUAGUCGAAAUAAUGGGAAGAAAACUUGACGAAGUUGCCGAAUAUCCCGACUUUUUUAAGCAUGGUUUGAAGAAAAGACUCGAGUUGCGGCAUAGAUUGUUGAAAGAGAAGCAAAUGGACUUUACCUUGAGUGAAUUGUUGGAAUGCAAUCAAAAGAAGUUUAUGAUGAAAAUGGGUUUGUUAUGAGGCUAUAUCUGGAGUUUUAAGUCCUCACAUCCUGAAAGAAUGUUGUCUUCUUUCCAUCUUCACAAGUUUUGUUGCCUAAUUAUUAAUUUUCCAGAUUUCUAGUUCAAGUGAAGAGAAUUUGUCCUGCCGAGCAAUUCUCUUUAGGCCUGAAGUAUUCUCGUCCACCAUUCAUACUUCAUGUUUUAAGCUCUUAAUGGUGUCCCUUGUGUUUUAACAAUUCGAAUGGAGUGGAGUACAGACAAAGUACCCUCUUAUUACUCUUCUUUAUUUUGUAGGUAGAGAUUUGAUCCCCUGUUCCUCUCUUGUAUUUUUCUUCUUUGAUGUUGAGAAUAUUUGGUGCCAGAAUUUGUACUCUUCUU